CUUCCACAUCAGCCAAAGGAAACAAAAUGCUUUACUACAGGUGCAUAGACUAGUCAGGUAUCAGCACAGCAGGAACUAGAGACUGUCUAAAAGAAUACAGUGCCUUUUGGUGAACAGCGUUUUGUGGGACAACUUUGGCAACAAAUGUAUUCAAGAGAUGAAUUCUCAAGCUGUCACAUUGUUGUUGCCGGUUGCCAUUUGGAAAGUGAGAAAAACAGAAGGCAAAUGAGGAGCUGAUGAAAACAAGAGGAUCCGUUGGGGAUGUCACAUGGAUAUAAACAAGGAGGUUAAAUGGUGCAGAUCACAGAGGACCCAGGUGGAGGUGGAGGGACCUUGUUAAAUGUUCAGCAGAAUGGGAUUGUCAGGGGUCGCAAAGAUGAGGAGUCGUCUAUAUUGUCGGAGACGGUCGCAGGCAAUGAAAAUGAGGAUCCUAAUGAGGGAGACAAUGAGGAAAGCAACUAUUACGACGAUGACGACGAUGAUGUCUAUCAGGAAUUUGAAGAGUUUGACUUUGACACAUUGCCAGAUCUGCCAGAUCUGAAUGAUACCAAGAGUAUUGACUCUGAUAACUCCUUCUAUCCACCUGAUGACUCUCUCAAAUACAGGACUCCCAGCCCAAACACCCCCGAACCUCUGUCCUUCUUCAAGGCCUGCUCCAGUAACAAUUCCAUCAUAGUGAAGAUUAUGAUAAGGCAAGGGGUGACAAAGGAGGAAGUGAAUGAAACAGACAAGAACAACAGAAAUGGGCUGAUAGUAGCCUGUUACAUGGGCUGGGUGGAUGUGGUCAUAGCGCUUUCUCAGUGUCCCCAUAUCGAUGUCAACUGGCAAGACAACGAGGGGAAUACAGCCCUCAUGACAGCUGCUCAAGCAGGCCACAUUAUGAUAUCCAGCUACUUGAUCAACUACUUCCCCAACCUGGACCUAGAGCGUAGGAACUGCCAUGGAUUCACCGCUUUGAUGAAGGCAGCCAUGCAAGGGAGGGCAGAUGUUGUUUGUUUGCUCAUGAUGUCAGGAGCGGACGUGGAGGCGAGGGACUACAGCCGCAAGAUGACCUCCAGGGAGUGGGCUUUGUUCACAUGUCGCUAUGAGACGGGCUAUCUGAUGAUGCGUCUGAUGGCCCAGCCAUGCGCCCAGCAGUUCUGUGACUCCUACAAGCUGGAAUGGCCCAUGCUGCAGGAGCUAGUGGCCCAACGCCAGGAGUCCAAGAGCUGCUGGCAGAAGGUGGCAGACAAGGUCUGCUGCAGGUUCUCUCUCCGCAUGAAGACAGACCCCGUGGACGAUGGUGUGAUGGACCACAUGGUACGCAUCACUACCGCUCUGUCCAGCCCAUUGAUCGCCACCGCCUGCCACACUGUGGCCCCAAGAAGUCCCCCCUGCAUCGGGAAGCGGCGCUAUGCCGUGCCAGAGAUACUCAGGAAGCAGCGAGUGGACGAACUGAAGUGCCUGGGCCCCGAGCACUUCAACAACAACAAGAAGCUGUUCAAUAACUCCCGGGUGCAGUUGGUUCCUAAGAAGAGGGACCGGAGGGCCAGCCUGCAGACCCAAAUGUUGCAAGAGGUUGCGGUGGCUGGUACUUCGGCUCUGAGGCGCACCAGCUUGCUGCCCCUGAACAUGAUGAGGAGGAGCAGUGUCAGGCCGGGCAUUGUGGUCCCCAAGGUGAGGCUGUGCAAGGUCCCCUCAUGGCCCAACCCUGAGAAGAGAAAAAAGAGCAAGGACCCCGAGCUUCUCCAGCUGCCCAAGUGGAGCUACAAAGAGGCCAAGGAGGAGAGGAGGCGGCAAGAGGAAGAGGGGAAGAAGAGACGUUUACCCACAGCGAGGAUGCGCUGAAAGACUUGAGCUACGAGGAGAGGUCAAAUUGCUUUUCAAGAGCCUUGGGGUGCGAGCUAACCUUUAACUGUAAUUGGUUCUGAACUGAGGAGAUAAAGUUAUCACCAGCGUUUUAGAUUUUAAAGACUGUGCCACUUGAUUCAGCUGUAGCCAUGGAGCACUAUCUUUUCCUGUCCUAGAUUGGUUACUCUGUUUCUGGCUUUUGACAGUAAUGGGGAAGGAACACUUGGCUUGAACUGUGUAAGGUUCAUUGUGAGGAAUUCAUAAUUGAACUUUUAUGCAGAUGUAUUUUUGUAUGCAUUCUUCCAUUUUCUUCAGAUUAUGCAUUUCUCCAUUCAAUCUGCAUUUCUUCAGAUUAUGACUGUUUGAUAUCUCCAUUGUUAAAAGGAUAACUCAAACACAUACAAUACUUUUGCACGUUG